AUGGACCCGCGUUUCCACCUGACGUCCGAGCUUGACCUGCCCGCGCACAACUUUCCCCAUCACCACCACCAUGGUCAUGGCCACGACCACCGGGAGGCGAGCGAGGAGACGGCGGAGAAGACGUCAGGCGCCACCACCUCGACUCGCAGCGGGACCAAGGAUCUCGAGGGCUUUGAGGAACCCCUGUACGUCGACUGGGAGGACGGCGACCCUCGCAAUCCAGUCAACUUCUCGAGGCGCAAGAAGUGGUUAAUCACCGCGAUGGGCGCCUUCUUUACCUUGUCCUCUGCUGCGACGGCGGGCUCGUAUAAUAUGGGCUUUGGCUCGAUGUUGCGAGACAUUAAGGCCACUCAGCUGGAGGCCACGACGGGCCUGAGCCUAUACGCCCUCGGAUUUGGCGUAACGCCGCUCCUUACGUCGUCAUUCAGCGAGGAGCUCGGUCGGCGUCCGUUGUACAUCGGCAGUGGCAUCAUCUACACCUUGAUGUACCUCAUGGUCGCUGAGGCGAAAAAUAUAGAGACGGUUCUCAUCGCUCGCUUCCUGCAAGGCGCAGCUGGAUCUACCGGUUCGACGAUGGUCGGGGGUACGAUUGCUGAUAUCUGGCCCGCCGCAGAGCGUGGCAUCCCAAUGGCCCUCUUUUCCAUCGCAGCCAUCGGCGGUACAGGCCUUGGUCCCGUGGCCUCUGGCUGGAUAGAGAUGAACCCGCACCUCGGGUGGCGAUGGAUUCAGUGGAUACAGAUGAUCAUCUCUGGUGUGUUUUUCUGCAUCGUACCUUUCGUGAUGUCGGAAACGCGCAGCCCUGUCCUUCUUACGCGGCUGGCCAAGAAGCUGAGGAGGGAGACGGGAGACAGGCGCUAUCGAGCCCGUAUAGAGGACGAGCGUGCGAGCCUGCGCCAGCUCAUCUAUAUUUCUUGCACGCGGCCAAUUUAUCUCCUGCUUACUGAGCCUAUCGUCAUCGCGUUUAGCGCAUGGGUUGGUUUCGCCUGGGGAAUCCUCUAUUGCUUGAUUGAAUCUAUCUCGGGCGUCUUUAGAGAUGUGCAUGGAUUUACGGUCGGCCAAGUCGGCACCGUCUUCGCUGCCAUGCCCAUAGGUGCGACGAUUGGAUGGGCGAUCAAUCUUUACCAGGAGCGACUGUACAGGAAGUACUUCCCUGUGCGAGGCGCAGAUGCUAGACUAUAUUCUGCAUGCGGCGCAGCGGUUCUUCUGCCGAUAGCCAUGUUCAUCUACGCGUGGUGCGCCUACCCGACGAUAACGUGGGUUGCGCAGGCAAUUGGGAUCGUGCUGUUCACGACUGCCGCCUUCGUGAUCUACAACGGUGUCUUCUCGUAUCUCGCCGAUUGUUAUGGCCCGUUCGCGUCGUCGGCGCUUGCAGGCCAAAGUCUUGCGAGAAACCUCAUGGGCUUCGCCUUCCCAUUGUUCACGACACAAAUGUUUGACGCCCUCGGGUACCGUUGGGGGAACACACUCUUCGCCCUUGUUGCGGUCGUUCUGAUGCCGAUCCCUUUUAUACUACUAUUCUGGGGCCCUAAAAUCCGCAGGAGCAGCAAGUUCUCGCGGAUGGUAUUGGAGCAACAAGCUGCUGGGAAGUAG